UGAUAUCUAUCCCGGUUUCAUCCUACAAAAGGAUGAUUAUUACUUUUCAAGAUACAACUUCCAUCAUACAUCGAUAUCAGGCUCCCAAAUAAUUAUCAUUGAGUUUUUUUGUAACCGGCGUCAAAACAUAAAGUACUUCAUCAAAAUCCUUGCUCGUACCAUUCACGAUUACUAACAUAUCUCACUCCUUGUCAUCAACGCGGUUGCCUACGGAUACACCGCUUCAUAUAAGGAUCACAUCCAAAUCCUCAAAUAUCUGCAAAACAAUUCCAAUGACUACGGGACUUUAUCAUCAUAUAUAGGUGGACGGAUGGAUUCUUAUAUCAAUCAGCUGUCUUAUGCAGCUCCUACACUCAUUGGACUAUUCACCAUACCAACUGCGUGGAGAUUUGCUAGAAACUUCAAGUCACCCAAAUUGACCAAUCAUGAAGCUCUCUAUGAAGACAAAGAUGGGGUGGCUACGGAAGAUUCCAUGGCAAAAUACUCCACCAAACUUCAAUUCGUGAUGAUCUUCACUUCUCUCAUUGUGGGACUUCUGGUAUCAUUUGGAUCGGCUGUUUUUGCUACUGUUGAGAAGAAGGAGGGAUUCUCGGAUUUAUGUUUGAUGCAAGUUUGGUUAUUAUUCGUAUCCUGGGUAAGUUUAACCCAUGGAAAAAUAAGGUCUACCUUAUACUAACAAUUAUUAGAUUUUCGCAUUCAUUCAGAUCUUGGAAACUUCAAGAGAAAUUCAUCCUGUAUCAAAAUUUCAAAAAGGAAUAUUUAAUUCCGUUUCAUGUAUUUUGAUAGUUGUUCUCGCAUGUCUCGUGCUAUCGGGGCCCCUUCCAAACGAAGCCCCCUUCCGCCUCGCAUUUGUCAUUAUUACAGCCCUCCAAAUCGUUGCUGCUGCCUUCAGCGCUGCAACAUUCUACUUCGUCGAGCGCCGUCCGGAUGUCUUUACCCCUGAUGGAAGGGUUGUCGAGAGACAAUUCAAAAAGUCGUUAUGGAAUAGAUAUGCCUUCAAUUGGAGCACUGAGCUCCUUGAUAUCGCUUCGGAAAAAUUAAUUGAGGUUUCGGAUCUCCCUGCUAUGGAUGGACAUGUCCGUUCGAAAGAUGUUAGAGACUCUUUCAAAUCAAUUGUAUUGAAGUCAACAGUUCCAUUAUGGCUCCAAGUUUUUUGGGCAUACCGUACAGCCAUAUUUACUCAAUGGGUGUUGGUAAUGAUCUCGUCUAUUAUCGACGCUGCGCCACAGUUUGCUGUGCUAAAACUACUUCAAUACCUCGAAGCUCGUCAAGGAUUUGAUGCCAUCGAUCCUCAAGCGUGGAUCUGGGUAUUUGGUCUUUUCGCAGCUACAAUUGCUGAAACCCUGAUGGACAACCGAAUUAAUUGGUUGAUGUGGUCCGAUCUUGCAAUUCCCAUUAGAUCAACUCUUACAUCGCUAAUAUUCGAAAAGAUGAUGAAGAUGAAGGAUUGCAAGGAGCCUCCGAAGCCAGAAGAGAAGGACACAACAACAGACAAGACAAAAGAUUUACCUAAGACUGAUGAUGCACCUGGAAAUGCAAAUGGUACGGCAAAGCCAGAUGCAUCGAAUGACCAUGGACCUCAUGCGCCACACGCUAAGAAAGGGAAGGAUGCGGACACAAAGAAAAAGCUCGAGACUGACAAAGACAUUGUCAAUAUGUUUGCCGUGGACGCAAAUCAAGUCGGCGUUUUUGGCGCUGUCAAUCAGUUCUACAUUUUAUUUUUCUGCAAGUUCCUUGUUUCGGUUGUCUUUUUAUGGCUCUUAGUCGGUUGGGAGUCAACGGCUGCCGGGUAAGUUUUGCUGCUUUUCACGCCUGUUUCUCUACCCCGAUCUCAACUCUAUAUUUUCCUAACUGUUUUUUCUUUCCUUUUUUUCUCUAAAAUUCUUUUCAUUUUUAACACAGCUUGAUUUUUUGGUUUCUCUUCAAAAUGUACCCGUGAUGGCCACUUACUGAUUCCUCGAUCCACAACAGUAUGCUAGCAAUCAUAGGCAUGGCACCAAUAAAUCAAGCCCUUGCAAAGAGAUAUGGAGGUUUUCAAAGGGAAUUGAUGAAGGCUCGAGAUAAGAAGACUACUAUUGUCACCGAGGCACUUAAUGGUAUCCGACAGAUCAAGUUCUCCGCCAACGAAACUCAAUGGAGCAAAAAGAUAUUCGAAGCUCGUGAAGAAGAAAUUGGGAAACUUUGGAAGACUAAGAUCAACAACUUAUAUAUGAUGGUUGGUUCAAAUGUGGCACCGGUGCUCCUGACGGUCUUGGCUCUGGCUACGUACUCUUAUAUCCACGGAGACUUAUUACCAUCAGUCGCAUUUACAGCAUUGGUAUGUUACUUGUUUCCUUCUUUUAACGUCAAUAUUCCUGAGCUUCUCCACAUGCUCAAAGAUAUGGCGAAUUUGGUUUCACCAUUCGCAGUACUGAUUGUCGGAUACGAACUGAAGAAAUGAUAUAGCUGACUUUCCUCUGAAAAACAGGGCGUAUUCAUGCAACUUGAAGGUGUCUUAGGAAUGGUUCCGUUCCUAUUUAUGAUGGGGAUGAAUGCCAAAGUAAGUUGUGAUCGAAUUGAUUCUUUUCUUCAGUCUCCGGAAAAGCCAGAAAAUACAUACCCUGGUGAAUCCAUUACCUUCGACAAUGUGUCCGUCAGCUUCCCAUCAAAAUCCAAGGUAUCAGAAGAGGAGGACAGAUUUAUUCUUAGAGAUCUUACUCUUAACUUUCCCAACAAUGCUCUAAGUGUUAUUUCGGGACCUACGGGCUCUGGCAAGUCGCUUCUUCUUUCGGCCAUAUUAGGUGAAGUUGAAGUUCUAUCCGGUAAUAUUACUGUACCUCGACCACCUCAAGCCGAUGAAAGACAUGACAGUAAAGCCACAGCCGCAGAUUGGGUCCUACCUUCCGCCAUAGCAUUUGUUUCCCAAACUCCAUGGAUCGAAAAUGCUUCUAUCAAAGACAACAUCCUAUUCGGUUUGCCCUUCGACUCCACACGAUAUCAAAAAGUACUUGACGCAUGUGCCCUUACAAAAGAUCUUCACAUGUUUGAUGACGGCGACUUGACGGAAGUUGGUGCUCAAGGUAUAAGCUUAAGUGGUGGUCAAAAGUGGCGUUUGACUUUAGCAAGAGCUUUCUACUCCCGUGCUGGAAUACUGAUUCUCGAUGACGUCUUUUCGGCUCUUGAUGCACACGUCGGGAAAGAGAUCUAUGAUAAUGCACUCAUGGGAGAAUUAUCCCAAGGCCGCACGCGAAUCCUAGUAACACACCACGUAUCGUUGUGUCUUCCACGUGCUAGUUACGCCGUUCAGCUAUCGAAGAAUGGAGGACUCGAACAUGCCGGUUCUAUUGAUGAGCUCAAAAAGACAGGAAAUUUCGAGGAAAUCAUCAAAGCAGAGCAAGCUGCUGCAGUAGCGGAUGAGGAGGAGGCGAAUGCAUCCGAGGCAAAUGGUGACAAGAAAGCAUCCGAUGAACCAGCCUCCAAGCCCAAAAAACUUAUCGAAGAAGAGAAACGAGAAACUGGAAGUGUGAAGGCAAGCGUCUAUACGAAAUACCUUAUGGCGACUGGCGGUAUUCCUUUUUGGGGACUGGUAAUCAUUUUUUACUUGAUCGCCGAAGCUCUAAUCAUAGGAAGGUCCUGGUGGAUCAAGAUAUGGACAUCAUCCUAUGAACAUUCUGAGAUGAACUUGUCCAGUUUCAAUUCUACUAAUCUGCCUUACAUGACUUCCAUGCAACAGCAGCUUCAACCAUCAGUUUUCGUCUCAAAAUUGAACAAUCCAUUCUCAAAAGACCAUACAUUGGGCUACUACCUGUUGGGCUAUGUCCUGAUUUCGGCUGUCUCUGUUUUUGUCGCCACUGGUAGAUAUUACUUCAUUUAUCGUGGAUCUCUAUCUGCUUCUAGGAAUGUCUUCAAAGAGAUGACGAAUAUCGUACUUCGUACUCCUUUGAGAUGGUUGGAUACUGUUCCUACAGGUCGGAUUUUGAAUCGUUUCACGGCAGAUUUCACUUCCAUGGAUUCGCAACUCUCCACAAAUUUUGCUCAAACCGCUUCUUCAUUCCUUGAAAUCAUAGGAAUCAUGGUAUCUGCGUGAGUUGAUUGUCGUAUUCUAUUAACUGCACCGCUAACGAAACCCUAGAUUCUUUGUAUCCCCAUAUAUCAUUAUCAUCGCAGUGAUCCUACUAGGUAUUUGCACUUAUAUCGCUCUCCUUUAUAUUAAAGGUGCACGCUCUCUCAAACGCCUCGAAUCGAUUCAGAAGUCCCCCAUGAUUUCACACUUUGGAUCAGCUCUUGCGGGUCUGAGUACCAUCCGUGCAUUUGCAAAUGCACAGGUUUUUGAAUCCAAGAUGCAUGAGUUGGUAGACUCCUUUGCAGCCGCAACCUGGCAUAAUUGGCUCUUUAAUCGAUGGUUUGGACUUCGUAUGGCAUUGGUUGGUUCAUUCUUCUCGUCGUGUGUGGCUGCAUUUAUUGUCUCCACUCAUGGUGUUGAUGCGUCACUGGCUGGAUUUGCACUUGCAUUUGCAUUGAGUUAUAGACGGGCUGUCAUUUAUACUAUUAGAUUGCUUGCUUCAACAGAGCUCGACAUGAAUGCUGCUGAAAGAAUUUUCGAGUAUACACAAUUAGAGAUGGAACCUCAGGGCGGAACAGAUAAUAUUCGCGCUUCGUGGCCAGAAGAAGGAAAAAUAGAAGUAACAGACUUAGAAGUUGGGUAUGCUGAGGGAUUACCGGCGAUUUUGAAAGGAUUAACUUUUUCUGUGGAUAAAAAUCAACGGGUUGGAGUUGUUGGAAGGACCGGUGCUGGUAAGUAAAAACUCUUAGGUUUUACUUGUACAACUCUAAUGAUAUUUUAGGAAAAUCAACACUUUCCCUUGCUCUUUUCCGUUUCUUGGAGGCCCGAGCUGGUACUAUCACGAUCGACGGAGUCGACAUCUCUACUCUCAAACUCCACGACCUCCGCACCCGGCUCUCAAUCAUACCCCAAGAUCCCGUACUUUUCUCCGGCACCAUUCGCUCCAACUUGGAUCCCUUCGAUGAGUUCUCCGAUCAACAAUUAAAGGAAGCCCUCCAACGCGUCCACCUCAUCCCUUCCGCGGACAACACUCCCGUCCCGGAACUCGAAACUCUAGCCGAAUCAUCCACCGCCGCAUCAAGUAGCUCCACAACCGUCACAGUCACCGAAUCCCCCACCAAAGAAAACACAAACAUAUUCUUGAACCUUACAUCCCCUAUUUCCUCCGCUGGUGCCAACCUUUCCCAAGGCCAAAAACAACUUCUCUGUCUCGCACGUGCUAUCCUCUCACGACCAAAAGUUCUUCUUCUCGAUGAAGCUACGUCUGCUGUUGAUAUGACAACUGAUACAUUAAUCCAACGCAGUAUCCGUGAAGAAUUCGCAAACACGACAUUAUUAGUUGUAGCGCAUCGAUUAAGUACUGUAGCUGAUUUCGAUCGGAUAUUAGUUAUGCGUGAUGGAGUAGCGGCUGAGUUUGGUAGUCCGAAAGAAUUGUUGGAGAUAGAGGAUGGGGUUUUUAGGGGGAUGGUGGCACAGAGUGGGGAGAGUGAGGUGUUGGAGAGGAGUAUUAGGGGAGAGUUGUAAUUAUGCUUGGUUGGUUGAAAGGGGAGAGUAAAUGGAGAGACUUGUUUUGGGAGGAGUUAAAUAUAGAUAGAUAUUUCGAUCCUGUUGUUUUUAUAGACUUACUUAGACAUACACAAACAGGCUUUGUGUUUUUUCAGUCGUACUAUUUCAUUUGACAUGUGAUAGAUUCUGUCAUUUUCCUCAAAAUAAGAUAAUUCAUCUUCUUUGAUAGAUUGAUUAGUCACUGUAGUUACCCUUCCCAGAUAUCGUAUGACCAAUCCAAUCCAUGCAUCAUCGUCAAAAUAAAUCAGUCAACCAAGCUACCCUCAUUUCUUUGAUCCUCCAGAAAGAACAGAGCAUUAAUAUCGCAUCCGCUAGAACAAGCCUAGUCGAUCUUAACAAUUAUACCUGCUACGAUCCUCUGAUUUGAUCAUCGGCUCUUUUGUCAUAAACGCGAAUUU